AUAAAUACCCCAUUAGUUUUCUCAUUUUUUCAAUCUUCCACUUGAGACCUCAUUCUCACUCUUUCCCUCUCCUCCAUUUUCAAGCUCUCAACAAUGGCGUCUCUGCCACACCAUGCCAUCAUCUUCAUGGUGAUUUUCACCUCACUUUCAGUCCUUCCCCCCGCCAUUAAUGCUCAGUCAUCAACCUUCAUAUUCUCUUCAUCUUCAACCUCACCUCCACCUUCCUCCACCGCCUCUACUCCGCCGCCAUUUCCGUACUCCUCCUCCGAAGCUCUGCGUUCACCUGAGUUUCUCUCUCCUCUCUACUCCAUCACCAAAAUUCUCGCCGAGCUCGGCUUCACUGACCUUGCUAUGGCGUCGCACUCGCUCUCUCUGUCCUCCGCCUCGCAUUCACCGUGGCUCGGCCCUGUCACCGUCUUCGCUCCAGCGGAUGCUUCGGUGCGAACUUGCACUUCGUGCUCGCUCACUCUCCUUCUCCAGGAGCACACUGUUCCUGGACUCUAUCCUCUGGAUUACCUCAAUCAACUCAUUUUCGGCACCAAAAUCGAGUCGAUUCUCCCCGGCCGCUGCUUAACCGUCACCUCCGCCGCAAAUUCCACCAAAAUCUUCAUCGGUGGCGCCGAAAUCACUCAUCCAAACCUCUUCAUCAGCGACCACGUCAUCAUCCAUGGCCUCCAAGGCUUCAUCUCUCACUUCUCGCCGUACUCCUGCUCAAUGGACAGGAUGACGUCACUCUCUCUCCGUCAUCUCUCACCUUCCGUCGCCCUGACUCGGAUGAUGCUCGUCGACGCCGGAAUCCGUCUCCGAUUGAGCGGUUACAGCUUCCUCGCACUCGCGAUGCGUGUCAAGUACGCCGAGCUCGUCACUCUCCAAAACAUGACGAUCUUCGCCGUCGACGACUCCACCAUCUUCCAAGGAGGUCACUCCUACGUCCAUGGCGUUAGGUUUCACAUAAUCCCUAACCAAAUGCUGAAACUCGCCGAUCUCGAGUCUCUGCCGCCGUCAACGGUGCUUCCGACGUUCGAAUCCGGCGAAACUCUCACCAUCACCACUCCAGGCGGCGGCGGAAGUUCGUCUCCGUUGAGAAUCAACUACGUGAAAAUCAAGUAUCCAGACCUCAUCUACAACUACAAACUUGUUGUUCACGGUAUUGGUUCUCCAUUCCCUCAUCUCCGUCAAUCAAUUCCUGUUUCUACUGGACGAUCAGGAUUUUAUCCGAUUACUGCUGGUGAGUAUGGAUCUGAUGUGAGAGAGUCUAGCUUUGGUAAUGUACGGCCUACUUCUUCUCAGUCUACUGCUCCUUCUCCUGCUGUGAUUAUGAACAAUCCAGUGGUGGUUAAUCAGAUGGAUGAAAUUUAUCAAGGUCUUUGAUGUUUUUAGUCAUGCUAAUAAUUGACCUGAUUUAGCUCUACUCUAUUAAUGUCGUUUAAUAGUAUCGUUGCGUCGUUUUGUUCUAUGUUGCAUUACUAAUAGUAGUCUACUAUUUUUGUGUUUAGUCUUUGAUGAGUGUAAUCAGCCUGUAAUCGGUUUGUAAGUCGUUGUAGAUGAAGAGAAUACUCAAUACUAGUGAAGUUUUAUGAAUUGGAAUAA